AUGGUAACUAUUAGAUGCUUACUUUCAUUGGCUCUCAUGAAUGGUUGGUGUCUAAUUCAAUUGGUUGUUAAUAAUGCUUUCUUACAUGGAGAACUCAAUGAGAAAGUGUACAUGUCUUUGCCACCUAGGUUUGGCUCAAAGUGGGAGUCUCGGUCAAAAUCUAACUUUACAAGACUACAAGGAGAUUCUUUCAUUACAUUGUUAGUGUAUGUCGAUGACAUCUUAAUUGCCAGCAACAAUGAAGAAUUUGUUUAUGCUUUCAAAACAUUGCUGCACAAUGAGUUUCAACUCAAAGAUCUUGGACAUUUAAAAUUUUUUCUUGGAUUAGAGGUGGCUCGUUCAACUAAGGGAAUUUUCUUAUGUCAAAGGAAAUAUGCAUUGGAUAUUUUGAAAGAUAUUGGUUUCUUGGGUAUUAAGCCUGUUUCUUCACCUAUGGAACAACAACUAAAACUUAGUAAAUCUGAAGGUUCUUUGCUUCCUGAUCCAUCUGUAUAUAGAAGAUUAAUUGGAAGAUUGUUGUAUUUGACACUCACACAUCUAGAUAUCACAUUUUCUGUGCAUGCUCUUAGUCAGUAUUUGGCAGCUCCUCGUGAACCUUAUCUUCAUGUAGCACAUCGAGUCCUUCAGUACAUCAAAGCCUCUCCUGGACAGUGUUUGUUCUUUCUUGCAACAUCUACUCCUCAUCCCAAGGCUUUUGCUGAUGUCGAUUGGGCUUCAUGCCCUGAUACUAGAAGAUCCAUUACUGGGUUUUGUGUUUUUCUUGGAGAAUCUCUUAUCUCCUGGAAGUCCAAGAAACAACAAACCAUAUCAAGAUCUUCUGCAGAAGCCGAGUAUCGUUCCAUGGCUGCUGCUGUUUCAAAUCCUGUAUUUCAUGAACGUACAAAGCAUAUUGAACUAGAUUGUCAUCUUGUUCAUGAUCAACUACAAGUUGGGCUCAUUGGCACUCUACAUGUUCCAUCUGCUCAUCAACUUGCAGAUAUGCUCACUAAGCCUUUAGCUUUUAGUUCCUUUUCAGUUUUGUUGUCCAAGAUGGGUAUCAUUGAUAUUCACUCUCCAUCUUGA